AUGCAUGUCUUGACCCUUCUCACUCUUACCCUCGCCCACUUCACCCUGAGCAACGCAUCCUGCCCAGCACCAUCAGGAUGCGGCACGGCCCAAGCCUGCAUUGGAACUGAAUUCUGCACAACAGCAACCUUUGUCUCACCCUCAACGACAACAAUAACAACCUGUGUGCCGACAGCGACCUGCGCGGGACACCCUGCACCCCCGGCUCUGGUCCAACCUGCUGUUCAGGAUACUGCGCCGGAACAAGAUGCCGAUCGACGGAUGACACCUACCCGUUCUGUAGUGAGGACAAUGGGCCUUGUGUUGCAGAUGACCAUUGUUGUUAUGGCAAUAUUUGUAUGGAAGGAAUUUGUUCGAGACCAUAGUGAGAUUCAGAUAGGCGCGGGUGCAGACCAGAGUACUGUCCAACUCUGGGACUUUGUUCUGGGUGGAUCUGGAAUGACAGCACUGUUCGGCUCCGGUUGA